AUGACUAAAAGUGAAAAAGAUAAGUCCCACGGAGUGACUCACACUAUAAGAGAACGACUCAAUUUUCUUGAUGAGAGAUUAUGGAAAAGAUUCAGUGCAAGAAGAUUAGAGCUCAUAGAUACGUUGGAAUUGAGUACUCGUAAGGCGUCUGAGCAAGAGCUGGAGAUCUCGAAUGUUGCCGAGACAUUAAGAAUUGAGUUUGGCUUUGGGCCUGAUUCAUUUUCUGAUUUUGAUCGUUUGGUUAGGGCUGCAGUUCAAAGUGUCAGAAGAAAUCGUAAAAGAGCAACCAAGUCAAAGAGGAAUAUCAGGGACGACACUUAUAAGGAACAGAAUAAAAGAAUCAAAAGGGACCUGGAGUCAAACACAUUAUCUCCUGAAGAUCCAUUAACUGUGGAUCCGGUAUCAGUAGCUGCCACUGCUCCAUACGCGUUAAAUGAUUCAUUAUCAUCAAAAAACCAAAAUCAUGAUAAUACUGUUGAACACCUAUCUAAGUAUAAGUUUAUGUCAGAAAUAUGUAAACUUAAUUCUGAUUCUCAAGAUGAAAAAUCCGACUAUUCAAAAACAAAGCAUUUUACGGUUCAAGAUAAAUCCCGAGAAGCAAUAAAUGCCAUCAUUCAACCUCGUCUAACUAAGUUAACACCGUCACAACCAUCUCCUUCUUAUGAUUUGCGUCCCAAAACUUCAGCUCCCACUUUGCCUCCAUUAGGUAAUUUGAAUAUUCGAAAUUCUCCUCAAAUAAAUAUAAAUAAUAACAACAAUAACAAAGCUCCCUUUGAGAAUGAGACUCAAUUCAUACCAAGCUCGAAUAUAUUUGAUCCUUCUGCUAAUUUAGCUCUAUUAAAUUAUUUUGAAAGAUCCAAGACUUGUUCUGAAGCUGGUCAUGCUAAAAAUGUUUCAAAUUUAGAACAUUUAGGUAAAAGUGCAAUUGGAUGUUGUUCUGCAUUCAUUUUCGAAAAGUCCUUUUUAACUGCUACCCAUUCAUCAGUUGAGUAUCUUCGUUCAAAAUUGAAUGAUACCCAUUAUAUUUCGAAUUUUUAUAAAUCCCUUGAUCCUCAUUCCUCAGUGGUUUUCGGUCUUAAUGAUGAAACUGCUGUAACAACUUUGUACACUUUAAUUGGUGGUUGCAUUAAAGAUUUUGGUUUUGAAACAAUCAUGUACACUCUCUGUGAAGCUUUCUACCAAAGAUUAACUCAAGAUUAUCCUUUAAUAUCAAAACACUCAAUCCCUUUCAAAAGUUAUAAUUAUUUGUAUAAUAAACCUCCACUAAAUGAUAAUAAGAAUAAUAUCACCCAAGAUGAUCAUUUACCGGAUUCUUUGACUUCCUUAGCUGAAGUAGCGUCCGAAUUACAAGAUCAAUUGAAACAUCAACAUAAUUUCGGCACAAUCACACCAGUUGCAUCCCAAUCAUCUCAACAGUCUCCUUUACCUCCAGAUUCAGUAAGCUCAUCCACGCGAUCUAGCUUCCUAAAAGGAGGAGCCAGAAAAGCCGUGUUUUUAAAAUUUCUUUCGCAACAAUUAGAGUUUAGUUAUCCAACUUCAAAUUCCGCCCCUCCUAAACUCUUAGAAUUGUUGGAGAAUGCAAAAUCUGCUUUUAAGUUGACGAAUAGUAACGAUUCUAGGAUCUUGGGUUUGAAAAAUUUAAAAACUGGUCAAAUAUUGUCAUCUGAUUCAGAUUUAGAAAAAAUUUUUAAAACUAAUGAUAAUCAUAUCGAAUUGGAAAUUUUCACCCAAAGCUUCAAAGCAAUCCCAAUCUAUGAAAUCACUUCGGCGAUCAUUCCAAGCAGAAAAUACAAUGAUGAUUCUCCCAAAAUCAUCUUACCACCUCCAAUCAAUAAUGCAUCUCCUCCUAUCCCUCCACCUAACCCGACAACCAUAAAGACUCCUUUGGAUUCGAUCGUGAGACCAGAAGGUGGUUUAAGAUUUCUUUCCAACCAAGAAGAUCUGCCUCCUUCAAGACCUCCUCCUCCUCCUCCUGCUGCUCUGCUUCCCAAGUUUCAACCACUCCUAUAAUGUUUUCAUGUUUCUAUUAUUUUAUUCUUCUGUAAAUCUUAGUGUAAUAUAUUUAAAAGUUUGUGAUU